AUGCCAGGGGCCCUCCAUAGCUCUAUUCCAGCAACAGCAGCAGCUUCCUCCAGCAGUGGCUUCUGGCACCGGGAUGCCAGGGGCCUUCCACAGCUCUAUUACAGCAAUAGCAGCUUCCUCCAGCACAGGCUUCUGGCUCCGGGAUGCCAAGGGCCUUCCACAGCCAUUCCAGCAACAGCAGCAGCUUCCUCCAGCAGUGGCUUCUGGCACCGGGAUGCCAGGGGCCUUCCACAGCUUUAUUCCAGCAACAGCAACAGCUUCCUCCAGCACAGGCUUCCAGCACAGGAUGCCAACACCCUCCGCAGCUCUAAUUCAGUAAAAGCAACUGCUUCCUCCAGCAGGGUCUUCUGGCACCGGGAUGCCAAGGCCUCCCACAGCUCUAUUCCAGCAACGGCAGCAGCUUCCCCUAGCACAAGUUUCCAGCACUGGGAUGCCAGGGCACUCCACAGCUUUCUAGCAACAGCAGCAGCUUCCUCCAGCACAGACUCCUGGCACCAGGAUGCCAACACCCUCCACAACUCUAAAUCAGCAACAGCACCUGCUUCCUCCAGCAGGGUCUCCCGGUACCGGGAUGCCAGGGCUCUCCACAAUUCCAUAGCUCUAUGCCAGCAACACCACCAGCUUCCUCCAGCACAGACUUCUGGCACAGGAUGCCAGAGCUCUCCACAGAUCUAUUCCAGCAACAGCACCAGCUUCCUCCAGCACCGACUUCUGGCACUGGGAUGCCAACACUGUCUGCAACUCUUAUUCAGCAACAACAGUAGUUUCCUCCAUUCGGGGCUCCUGGCACCGGGAUGCCAGCACCCUCCUCAGCUCUAUCCCAGCAACAGCAGCAGUUUCCUCUAUUCGGGACUCCUGGCACUUGGAUGCCAGCACCUUUCGCAGCUCUAA